CAAUAGACCAUCCCUCCAUCGAAACCUCCUGCUGAAAGGAUGGCUGCUGUGUCCACCUCCCAAGUGGCCGGUCGCUCUGCACUUGCCCAGAGCGCCCGUGCUCUGCGGCCCGUGGCGAGCCCGUCCAGGGUGUUCGGUGUUUCGCCUCUGCCCCUCCGCUUGCCUUCCAUCAGAUGCUCAGCUCAGGCGCAGCACUCUGUUGAGAGCCUGAAAUUGCAGGAACAGAUCACGAGAGCAGCAGCGUGGAGCACAGCAGCUGCCACUCUCCUGGCAGCUGGAAAUGCACAGGCCGCGAAUGAGUUGGCCACCCUCGCAGCUGGGGACAACCGGUUCGGCACGCUCACACUCCUGGCUCUGCCCGCUCUUGGCUGGGUGGCGUUCAACAUUGGCGGCCCCGCCCUGAACCAGCUCAACAACAUGAAGACAAAGACGCGCGGCGCAGCGGUGGGAGUGGGCCUGGGGGCUGCGCUGCUGCUGGCAUCGCAGAAGGCGGACGCGGCGCAGGAGGUCGCGCAGCUGGCGGCCGGGGACAGCCGCUUCGCCAUCAUCGCGACGCUCUUCCUGCCGGUGAUCGGCUGGGUGCUGUUCAACAUCGGCGGCCCCGCGCUCAACCAGCUGAACAACGCCGCCAACAAGAACAAGAGCGGCGUUGUCAAGAAGGUGGCCUCCAAGAUCAACAAGAGGCGCGCUGUCACCGGCGCCAUCGUCGGACUCUCAGCCGCCUCCCUGCUGGCCGUGCCCCAGGCCGACGCCGCCAACGAGGUCAUGCAGCUCGCCGCAGGUGACAACCGCUUUGGAAUCAUCGCCACCCUCUUCCUGCCGGUGAUCGGCUGGGUGCUGUUCAACAUCGGCGGCCCUGCCCUGAACCAGCUCAACAACGCUGCCGCCAAGAAGAAGUGAAGCGCAUGCUCAGCGAGAGCUGGGACGGGGCUUUAGAGCAGAGAGCGGGAGUUUGAACAUUGCGAGCGAACUGUUCCCUGUCUCUUUUUAUGGACGGGGUGUAGAUCCAUUGAGAAGACAAUCGAAAUACCGACCUGCCCAUGUGACCUGCAUCAUACUGAUCAAUCUUCUGUUGCAUUGUAAAUCGGACCAUUUUCCUCCAUUUUUCGGAUGGAAAAAUGCAUCCGACCAUCUGUAUAUGGGUAACAGCUUUUAAGC